AUGUUACUCCGCCAUUUUGCCAUUGCACCAACAGUAGUAACCGUUGAGGGCAGGUUGUUUUUACGGUAUUUUUCUGUUUCACUCCGGCUAGAAAUGCCCCCUAAAAAGAAGGAAGAAGAAAAACCUACGCCUCUGAUGGGCCGAUUUGGAACCUCACUGAAGUGUGGCAUCGUGGGGCUUCCGAACGUUGGGUGAGUGACUCACGUGGGAGAUGGAACAUUUGAUCGGAACACUCGAUCUUUUAUUUGAUUUAGACGAAGCCUGUUAUUUAUACACGUGUACUUUUCAGGAAAUCAACAUUUUUCAAUGUGCUAACGAAGAGUGCAGCAGCAGCUGAAAAUUUCCCCUUCUGCACAAUAGGUCAGUAUAAACUGAUUUCGUUUGAACAGAUUUUGUAGAACGAACUGUUAUUUGUAAUAAUACCAUUUUAGAUCGAAACGCCCUCAGCAUAGGACCCUUUUUUCCAAAUAGACAAGGCACAUCUGUCAAAUCACAGCUCUUUUGAAAAGACUGAAGAAAUUGUUAUCAUAAUCGGUCAAGCCUCUGACCUCUUAAAGUGACUAACAUCAAAUUUCUCCUCACAAUAUCACCCCUGAUUCACACAUUAAGGUCAUGAGAAUAAAGGAAAUGAUCACCAACUAAAGUAGCUCUUGAUUGAGAAACUAAUUCUCUCUGUUAGAACCUUUGAAAAUAUAUACAGAACAGUAUAGAGAAUAUGCAUAGUGAUGUUUGGAUGUAAAGGGUUAAGGCAACCUUAAAACCUUAUAAAAUGUUUGGGGGGGGGGGGUGAGGGCUGGUUAACCUGUGCAUGCAGAAGACUAAACAUCUUGGCCCAGUUGUAUGAAGGUCAGAUAACGCUAUUCAAUGGAUAAAUUCCUAUCCAGUAGAUAAAUGAUAGGAAAACGUACAGUGUUAUCAACCAUAUCUAGUUUAUAUCCAGUCAAUCACAUUAUCCAACUUUUGAAUAACUGGGGCCUCAUCUUUAGAAAGGAGAUUUUUUAUUGUCACUUAACUGAUCAGCAUAAAACAUUUAACAUCAUGAAAACUUGACAGUUGUCAUAUGUAUUAAAAAAUUUUUUUUUGUUCUUUUCUUUCAGAUCCUAAUGAAAAUAAGUAUCUUCUCUUUGUUUAGUUCUUGAUAAUUUUAAGGUGAAUUUGAUAAUAGUAGGAUGAUGAGACCAUCUCAAAAGACCAAAAAGUUGCUGUAUAUUUUUGAUGUAGAAAAACAAAAUUUUUGCCUUCAGGAUUAACCUUCCCACUUGCAGCGGUGACCAUUAUGUGAUUUCUCCUAACAAUAUGAGUGGAUUUUAUACCAGAAAAGUGUUGAGAAGAAAGAAAAACACCAACUUGAGAAUACUAUUUGAUUGUGCACCAAUUCAUCAAAGGUAGAAUUUCAUAAAAAAAAUUAAUGUCCCUUUCUUAUGGCAAUUUCAACUUGAUGUUGAAAUUAAUCUUUGAUUUCAUGGAUUUGACUCUUCUACACUCUGCUGUUGGGUCUUAAAUUUAAGUCACUGCCAGCAGAUAGUAUUCUUUAAAUCAUAGACAUGUUGGUGAAGAAAGAUAAUUCUUUAAUUUUUUCCUUUCUCUCUUGUACGUCGAGUGGCAGUUCCAGAUGUGAGAUGGGAUUUUCUAUGCGAUUACCACAAGCCAGCGAGGUAGGGAGUUUUUUUUUCAUAAUCCGUGAUAGAGUUUGAUUCUAAUGAUGUUUAAAUAGUUGAAGGUUCAGAGUAAGAUUUCAAAAUUGAUCUAGUAGAAAGAUGUAUCAAAUGAUUUACUGUAUUGACUCUUUCAGCAAAGUACCAGCUUUCCUCCAUGUGACAGAUAUUGCAGGUUUGGUUCAGGGAGCACAUGAGGGGCAGGUUAGAGUGAUGAGAAUUCUGUGAAUUUGUCAAGUUUUGAAAAGUGAUUGUAUGUCAGUUAGCCACAAGCUGAAAAGGGGAUUAUCAUGCUUAUAUUAGUGACUGUUUUGUUUUUUUUAGGGUCUGGGAAAUGCAUUUUUAUCACACAUAUGGGCAUGUGAUGCAAUCUUUCAUAUGAUUCGUAAGUAACAAACUAGAUGUCAUUUGGGAGUCAUUUCAAAAUGAUGACCAAUUCAGGGCUGUGGUCUAGCAGAGCUCAGGUGCCUCAGGCAACCAAAUUUUAUCUUAAUGGGCAACUUGCAAAAUUUCAUUUUUGUAAAAGCUGGUGAGAGCUGGCCACCCCAGAUUCCUUAGAUGAUAAACUCUGGGCACCCUGUAAAUCUUCUAAGACCACAGCCUUGCAAUUUCAUGUCAAAAGUUUUUAUGAAAGUUUUUUUUCUUUAUUUUAUACUUGAUCCACUCUUUUAAGUAGCCUCUAGUUCAGUUAGGUUGCUUAAUUUGAAAAAUAAAUCAGAACAGAACUAUACUUCACAGCUAUGAACACUACUGAACUGGUAGUUGAAAUAAGACCUGAAAAAAAAAAUUCUAGCCUGUAUGGGAUUUGAACCCAUGACCUCUGCCAUACUGGUGCAGUGCUCUACUGACUGAGCUAACAAGCCAGCUGGGAGCUGGUCAUUAUGUUGGGUCUAAAUAAACCAUCCAAGUGAUGAAUAAUGAUUGUAGAUGUAUGAAAAUCAUAUAUGUUCUCAGCAGUGAAGAAAAGAAUAUAGGAGAUCCUCGCAGCCAUGAACACUACUGAGCUAGUAGUUGAAAUAAGACCUGAAAAAAAAAAAUUCAGGCCCGUACGGGAUUUGAACCCAUGACCUCUGCAAUACCGGUGCAGUGCUCUACCAACUGCAUUUCUUCACCGCAGUGCACAUAUAUAAUUUUCCUUUAUCUUCCAUCAUUAGAACUAUACUUAUUUAAAGACCAUAAUGAUUAUCGUAAUGAUAAUAGCAGUAUGAUACAUGAGUAUGAAAAAUUGUACUCUUUUUAAGGGCUGUGCUCUCAUUUUCAUCAACCCUUUAAACCUGGAGUUUGAGUGACCGGCAUCUGAUUUCUCCUUACAGUAAUACUGCUAAAUCAUUCAUUAUGAUCAUGAGAAUAAAGUAAAUGGUUGCCAAGCUAGGAGGCAUUGAUUGUUAAGCAAAUUCCCCUAGUUAGUACAAAAGAAAAUGUAUAGAGAGGGUAUGGCGAAAAUGGAUACUGAUGGUAUCAAAUUUACUUUAAGUGGUCUAGGUAAUUUAGUGUUAACAACUGAGUUGAAAACGUAAAUUAGCUACCAUAAAGAGUAAAAAAGCUGAAGUUUUGAACGUUAGCCCUUCGUUAGAGCCAAUGGAUUUGAUUGCAAUCACUCUGAUGAAGGGCUAAUGCUUUUCAACUCAGUUGUUAGCACUAAAUUACCUGCUAUACUCUCCCUCUGACACAGCACCACAGUUUCUUUAGAAACUUACCCCUUUAUUACUUUAAGUGGUGUCUUGCUUCUCUCCAGGUGCGUUUGAGGGAGAAGAUGUAACUCACGUAGAGGGUGAUGUGAACCCCAUACGAGACUUAGGAAUCAUCUCUGAGGAAUUAAGGAAAAAGGUAAACUCAAACAAUAACAUUUAUUUAAGAGCCAAUUACAAGAGGUAGAUAAUCAAGUUUGUUAUAUUGCUUUUUCAGUGGUUAAAAUUUUGUUUUCUUUUCUUAGGAUGAGGAGUAUCUCAAAGAUAAAGUGGUUAGUUGUAACUGUUUACUUCCAAUUAUUGAUUGCUUAACCAUUUACACCCAAAUUUCAGUAUGCAUAAUCUCCUUACUGUCCUCUAAACAUUUCCUUUUUUUCUGACAAGGAGAAUUUGUUUAACAAUCAAAGGCUUCUUCAGUUGGUGAUCAUUUUCUUUAUUCUCAUGACCUUAAUGUGUGAUUUAGGGGUGAUAUUGUAAGGAGAAAUUAGAUGCUGGUCGUUCUUAGCAGUCAGAGAGGUUAAAUUUUGAUUUUUUCAAGAAAUUACAAGAGACUCAGUGAAAUGAAAUUUGGGAAGGAAAUGCAUAAAAGAUAUUUCUAAUUUCUAAAUGCAAUUUUUACUCCUUUUAUCUCUUUUUCAGAACAGUAUGGACAAAACGGUUGUCAGAGGAGGCGACAAAAAGAGACUAGGAGAACUUGUAUGUUGAUAACUAUUUUGUAAUUAUUUUAUUUAAAAUUUAUGAUAAAAAAUAUUUUGAUUAAACCUGAACUAUAAUUUUAUUAUUUUAUAAAGUAGACUGUGUUUCCUUACCUUUCUUUAUCUCUUCUCUUUAUUUUUUUAAAUAAUUUUUGCCGUGAGAAUCAAUUUUUCUUUCAAAGAAAACUCGCAAGUACUGUUCCCAUUUAUUAUCCUGUUAAAUUUUUGUAGGAAAGUUUGAAAAAAAUUUACCACUGGGUUUCUGAAGAAAAAAAGCAUGUCAGAUUCGGAACUUGGGCUGCCAACGAAGUAAGUAUGUUAUAUCAUCAUCCACAGCAAUUUUAUUUGUACCAAAAUUUAGUGAGUGGUGCCAUUUCCAAUUUCUUCAGGCAUUUUGCUUUUUAUGAUAAUCAUGCAUUGUCUUUGGUGUCAUAAGUUUUUAUCUAUUAAUCUUUUUGCACCCAUGAGUGAUGAGAAUAAAGAAAAAUAUAAAUUAGGGGAUUAUUAGUUGAUCCAAUACCAAUUUCUCAGAACUUGUAUUAUAAGAAUUGUAUGGGAGACAGAAAGGAGAAUUACUAAUGAGAUAUUUGGAUCGAAAGGGUUAACAGUUUAUAGGAGUUUUGAAAAGGUUUUCAAUGCCACAGAAAAAUUUACACUCCCAGACACAUUUGUUGGGGACACCUACUGUCUCCCCUGCUCCCCUCCUGCGACUCUGAAAGUUGUUUGGUGAGAGAGCAUUAAGGCACAUUGGCAACAACAUUGAAAGGGGGAGAAUGAUAAGGACGAUGUUCUAGAGAAGUGUCCUAUCCAAUUAUAUAUGUCAGGGAUUGUAGCUCAAAUCCAUGUAAAAUGAAGUCCUUUUGAUUUCAUCAGUCACUUCAUUUUCUAUAGGUAUGGAAAACUUUGUUUCAAGUAGUUUACCAUUCAAAAAUGUUACAUAACUAUUAAGUAUUCUUUCAAAUGUUGUGCAAGUUUACAAAAUGUAAUUUGUUUCACACUCAGUUAUUUAGUUACUUUUUUUUUGAAAAAUUGUCCUCAUUAACUUAACAAUUCCAUGCGCGACGCCAUUCCAUGUCUAUAUCUGGAUUGAUUAUGGAAAAAAAUGAUCUUGAUUGCUUUCUUAAUUUCAGAUCGAAGUUCUAAACAAACAUUUACUACUCACAUCAAAACCUGUGAUAUAUCUAGUGAAUUUAUCUGAAAAAGACUACAUCAGGAAAAAGAACAAAUGGUCAGUGUUUUAUGUUCUUCAAUAUUAUACAUGACUCACGUACAAGCACUAAGGUGGCUUGGUUACGUUACGUCCACGCCUUUGUCACUCGCAAGUCAUGGAGCGACUUAUAAUAAUUUUACCUCAACAUUUGACAUAAACCCUCUUAUUUUAUAUUUUAGGCUGGCGAAGAUCAAAGAGUGGGUGGAUAACAAUGAUAGCGGAGCUGUGAUAAUUCCCCUAAGCGGUGCUUUAGAAUACAAGGUAACUCAAAUAACAAAAAUUUCCGUUGACUUUCACUCGCUAUUGGUCACAGUGCUUUAACAAAAUCCCAAUUGUGAUCUCGUUGGCAUUGAAACUGUGUUGACUUUUCGCGGAUUUGUGCGGAUCACAUGCUCAAAGGAGAAGUAAAAUUCAGAAACCGUAAAAUUUGUUUCUUUGCCGCUAUAAAAGAAUAUUUUGGUAUUUACUAGUUACGGCGUUUUGAGAUUACAGUUACAUCAGCGCUCGAAAAUUUUUGAAUAUGUACGGUGCGCCCUUUUUGAAAACAUUUUGCAAAUGGUAAUCUACGGAAGGCCAAGAGCCCUAAAUCAGAAUAACUUAUUUUCCAAAACUUUUAGUUAAAACCCUUUUUUCCUUCUUUUGCUAAGCUUAUAGAGUUGGGUCCUGAGGAAGGCGAGAAGUACCUGAAAGAACUUGGUACCCAAAGGUGAGCCUUAGUGGUAGGUUAUCUUUUGAAAAAGUGUGGCUAGCUGCGUGAAUUGUAUGUAAGUCUCUGAAAUGAUUUCGAGAGAUGACGUGUACCACGAACAGAAAUAUAAAUUAUCACAGAUUGCGCCCAGGGCGAAAAAUUGCGUAUCCUUUGCUAAGCGCGGAAGGAUUUGCAACAUGUAACGAAAGCAUAAAGAUGCAUCUUAGAGGACUCUCUGAUUCCACGUCGUGAAACCAAAACUGACCAAUCAGAGCAAAGUUUGAAAACACAAGGAACCAAUGGGAGCUCAACUUAUGUGUUAACAACUGCAAGCGCGGGAAAAAACGGGGAACCAAAAUGAGUUUUGCAUCUAAUUGGUUGAGAAGCUUAGUUUCUUAACCAAUUAGAAGUUAGUGGAGGAAGACAAAUGAAAUCCUGUGUUAUUGUUGGUUCAAAAUAUAAAAAAAUUGCUUUAUGCUAUCAUCGGAACUAUCGUUUUGUAGAACUAUGACAAAAUUGUUCCGAUUUCGUACAAAUAAUUUUAAGAAUUUUACAUCUAGGGGCGAUGAAAUGAUAAAUAAUUGCAACUCCUUCUGGCGUAGAUGAGUUACUGUUUUUUUUUCUUUUUUUUUUUAUUUCGUUACCAGUGCUCUGGCUAAAAUUAUUACAACUGGAUUCAAGGCUCUUCAAUUGCAGUACUUCUUCACGGCUGGAAAGGACGAAGUCAAAGCGUGGACGAUUCUGGUGAGAAUAAACUAAUAUCUCUUAAGAAAAAAAAGUUUCAGUCAAGUAUAUAUUUUAAACUCCAAUGAUAUCUGCGUUACAGACGAGCGCAAAUAUUCGUCAUUUUUCAAGAAGAGUCAACCCUUUAACUCCUAGAGGUGAUUAUCAUGUAACUUCUCCUUAUCGUAUUCCUACAUUAUAGAGCAAACUGUUAAUGAGAAUACUCAAACUUAUCAGGUAGAAGUUGUUAACUUGGUCUAACACCAAAUUCUCACAACUAAUUACAAAGAAAUGAGUAGCAGUUAGUGGGGAGAAUUGACAAUCAGAUCUUGGGAGUUAAACGGGUUGAGGCUACAAAGACUCAGUGAGACUAUUUAAAAGUUUAAGCUCAACAAAGCGCGAAAAUUAGACGCCUUUCCAAAUAUUCAAGCAAGAAGAUUUCAAACCAUCUAACCUUCUCCCAUCGCUAAUCUCUGCUGAACAGUAAAGUGAAUUGUUUGUUUAUAAACGCAGUGGCGUCUGAUUCAGAAUCUGACAGUUUAUUGCUUUUUUCCUCUGUAGAAAGGCUCUAAAGCACCUCAAGCCGCAGGGAAAAUCCACACCGACUUUGAGAAAGGUUUCAUUAUGGCGGAGGUGAUGAAAUUCGACGAUUUUAAAGAACUCGGUUCAGAGUCGGCAGUCAAGGUGAAAUAUGGUUGAAUUAAAAUUCGAAAAUAACUUUACGAGGGUUUUUUGAUUGAAUGUCGUAAAAACGAAAACAUAAAUAAUCACAACGAACAAUCAGAAGGGAAAUACCUUAAGAGCCAAUGAGAACUAUUAGUACAAAAACAACCAAAUUGCCUUAAGCGCGGGAAAACGCGGAUGACCUAACGGUUGGUUAUAAUUUCGAAUCUAAUUGGCUGAGUGAGUGGGCGUGAAGUGGCGUGAGUUUUCUGGACCAAUCACAGAGCAAAGUAAAGCGAAACCAAAGCAAUCAUGGCUUACUUUGGACACUCAAUUGAAAAUAGCCCUAAUCUUUGUCUCUCUUUUCUCCGUCUGACUGUUUUCAUCUUAACUGGUUUUUUUUUCGUCCCUCAGGCUGCUGGAAAAUACAAACAGGAAGGAAAAAAUUAUGUUGUUAAUGAUGGCGACAUCAUAUUCUUCAAAUUCAACGCUGGUGCUGGUUUAACGGAAAAGAAGAAGGCCAAAUGAUAGUUUAUCACACAACUUAAAUCGUCAUUUAUCAUAGAAACAUAAAAUAAUUUGUUUCUAUCAACUAAGUCGAUAGUGUAAAUUGGUUAUCGUAAAGGGUCUUUUAAGCUGAUGUUUUGGGGGUUAGUGCUUCGACGCUUGAAACGCCAGCUUAAAAAACUCUUUACGGUGGCAAAUUUACGUUAUAAACUCAGUUGAUAGACCAAAUUAUCUUUUUACACCCCUACUGACGCGACACCAUAGUUUCCCUGGAAACUUACCCCCUUUAUUCAUAGAAACACUGGAACUGAGAACUUUCAGCAAAAAUAGAAAUAUGAUAUUAUUCCAAGACUCUAACUGAGAGCUUUCAGUUUUUGAAAGAUGGAAAAUUCAAAGAUUUUCUGUGUCGAAUCUUUUAAAUUUUCUGAUUAAAGGAUUUGUAGUUGGCUGCAGUUGUCCCUCAAAAGUUGUGCCCAGCGCUCGCGUUAAGUUGCUCUGAAACGUGUUAACUCAGAAUUCGAUAAGCUUUUAGGUAUUCGUCUUUUUUUAGGGAGGUCUAGGGACGCACUGCAACGACCAAGCUACCAUUUGGAAAAAUAAGAUUUGAACGUAAACGAACACUUAGACCACUUACUCUAAAGUUGUGCGUGAGGUCGUUUGAAAUUUUCUACAUAAGGCAUGUUAAUCAAAAUACCUUUGACAAAGAAAAGAUACUGUUUUAUCUGAACAGAUUCUUUUAUUUUAUAUAAAGGAUUAUCGUGUCCUUGCUAGCUCAGCUAAGAGAGAAGGACUCUGUAGCUUUGCAACUUUGUCACGCAACCUUCCGUAGCGAACUAGCUAGAAAUCUUUAAGGGGAAUUGCGUGACGAGUCGUUUAGAAAGAUUUUAUGACGAGUUAAAGAGGUUCUCAAUCUUCUGUGCACGCAGUGUUUGUUUCAGGAGAGUCCAGCGUCAUUUGAAGUUCAAGGAAGUUCUAAGCUUAAAAUUCAAAUAAAUGAACCAAGAUUUAAAAAAGGCGAAGUUUUUUUUAUUGCAUUCUGAUUAUUAUAGCGGCCUGUUUGCCCCUUGCGUUCGCC